GUACGCGGGAGGCGAUUUUCUCGUGGGAGGCGUUUUGCGGCCGGUGAUUGUACGCGGGAGGGGCGCUGGCAAGGGUUGUGGGCAACGAAGGGAAUGGAAUGAACCCUAGCAUGGACUGGUGAUUUGACCUGUCAUGCAGCCGCCGCACGUCGCUGGUCGAAUAGCGUGCAGCGGACGAAGGAAGAGGAGAGGGAGAGACAUCACCCGCGCCCACUCACAGCGAACGAUGGUAGCCAUCGCUCCUCUGGAUCAUUGUCGCCGGCGGCGUCAUCGUUCAUUACGGCGUGUGUUUAAUUCGCUUGUAUGGUGGUGACAGGACAAGGAGCUAGACGACGAAGAGAAGGAGGGCGGCGCUGGGCGCCAUAACUAGUAUCUCGAGGAAAGCACUGGACACUGUGAUUGUUGAACAAGAUGCCGGCGGAAGUCAUGAUGAGACCGGACACGCCUCUCUCGCGGCCCAUGACGCCGCUGGAGAGGCCUCUCACUCCUCAGUCGAGGCCUAUUACGCCUUUUGGAAGGCCGAUCACUCCACAGGCGAGAUCAGAGAACGGCUCCUUUGACCGACCCAUCACUCCGCAUGUAAAAGAUACUGCAGUGGACGAUGGCGUGACUCCCAUUCAUUUGAACAUCGACUGGAGCGCUGUGGAUUUCGAUGCCAUUGAGUUGCCGCCUGGAGAGGACUUCGGGAUUAUCAGCGAGGACGAGGAGGAAGAGUUGGAGGAGAUUCAAACUGAGACCGGGUUCGGGAGCGUGAUUGUUGUGGACAAUCUGCCUGUCGUACCUCCGGAGAAGCGCGAGAAGCUCGAAGGAGUUGUGAGGAAAAUUUUUGGACAGAUUGGCGGAAUUAGGGAGAAUGGACUCUACAUGCCUACGGAUCCGGAGACAGGAAAGACCAAAGGGUUUGCGUUUAUAGAGUACACAACUCCACUCGAGGCGCAAACUGCACGGGAGCAAACGAACGGUUACAAGCUGGACAAGAGCCACGUGUUUGCUGUCCAAAUGUUCGACGACUUCGAAAAGUAUGCGAAGGUUCCGGAUGAGUACGUGCCGCCGGAACUGAAGGAGUAUACCCCGAAGGAGAAUCUUUAUGCGUGGUUGAUGGAUAAGCGUGGGAGGGACCAGUUCGUCAUCAGGUUCAAUGACCACACGGAAGUCUACUGGAAUGAUCCGCGCCAAGGGAAGCCGGAGCCUGUCUACCAGAGAUCUUUCUGGACGGAAAACUUUGUGCAAUGGUCGCCGAUGGGGACCUUCAUCGCCACCAACCAUAGGCAAGGGGCUCAAAUCUGGGGUGGGCCAAGCUGGGAGAGGCGUGAAAAAUUUCACCAUCCACAGGUUGCGCUUUUGGACUUCUCUCCUGGUGAGCGUUUCUUGGUCACAUAUAGCACUCAUGAGCCGAGCAAUCCUCGUGAUACUCAGAAGGUCCUCCUCAACGUCUUUGACAUAAGGAGCGGCAAGUCUCUGCGACAGUUCCAGGGGAGUGCUGAUGACUUUGCGACUGCAGCAGGAGGAAGUCUUGGAGGUGUUCCAUGGCCUGUGUUCAAGUGGGCAGGCGGCAGAGAAGACAAGUUUUUUGCGAGGCUGGGAAGAAAUGCGAUCAGUGUUUACGAAACAGAAACAAUGAGCUUGAUUGACAAGAAAUCCAUCAAAGUGGACAACAUUGCAGACUUCCAGUGGUCGCCAAGUGAUCCGAUUUUGUCCAUGUUUAUUCCAGAGGGUGGUGGUGGCAACCAACCUGCCAGGGUUACACUGAUGGCUAUUCCAUCAAAGGAGGAACUUCGUCAAAAGAACCUGUUCAGCGUAAGCGACUGCAAGAUGUUCUGGCAGACAAGUGGAGAGUACCUUGCUGUGAAGGUUGAUCGCUAUACGAAGACGAAGAAGAGUACCUACAGUGGAUUUGAGUUGUUUAGGAUAAAGGAGAGGGACAUCCCGAUCGAGGUUCUUGAACUCGAGAAUAAGAACGACAAGAUCAUUGCCUUUGCAUGGGAGCCGAAGGGUCAUCGAUUUGCCAUUGUUCAUGGAGAUGGUCCGCGACCGGACGUCAGUUUCUAUUCCAUGAAGAGUCCAAAGAACACGGGAAGAGUUACGCUUCUGACAACCCUGAAGAACCGACAAGUGAAUACCCUGUACUGGUCGCCACAAGGAAAAUUCAUUGUGCUGGCAGGAUUGAAGGCGCACAAUGGUCAGCUCGAGUUUUUCAAUGUGGAUGAGGUCGAGACCAUGGCCACAGCGGAGCAUUUUAUGGCCACAGAAGUCGAGUGGGAUCCGACUGGAAGGUUUGUUGCCACGUGCGUAACUUCUGUCCACCAGAUGGAAAAUGGAUUCAACAUCUGGUCAUUCCAUGGAAAUCUCCUUUACCGACUGCCUCGCGACAAGUUCUACCAGUUCCGUUGGCGUCCAAGACCCCCGUCGCUUCUCAGCGCGGAGAAGGAGGCGGAGAUCGCGAAGAACCUGAAGAAGUACAGCAAGAAGUAUGAUGAGGAGGAUGAGCUCAUCACGGCAGAGCAAAACACGACUCUGAAGGAGGAGAGACGUGCAAUGAUUGAUCAAUGGACGGAGUGGAAGACGAACUGGAAGCGGUGUAACGAGGACGAGAAGGUGCUGCGUUUAGCUCUUCGUGGUGACGACAGCGAGGACGAGGAGGAAUUCGAGCAGGAGGAGGUGGAGGUGGAGGAGAUCAUAGAUAUCCAGGAAGAAGUGAUAACGUCCUUUUAAAAUCAGUCUCCGUGAUGACAUUGCUGAAGCAGGGUCAGGUGGUGCUUUUGAUUCUCUGCAUGCUGAUGUGAACUCAAUGGUCGCAGCCCAGAACUUUGGGGGGGCGGGGAGAGAGAGCUAGAGCGAGCGAGCGAGCGAGCGAGAGAGAGAGAGAGAGAGAGAGAGAGCACUUUCUAAGGAUCUGGUUAGCUGUAAUGGCAUGGCAGUCUGGUUUUCACUUGAGCAUGGAAGUGGACGGCUGAGUUGUGUGAUCAUAUUAUUAGACAGUUUCUGUGCUGUUUUGAACCUGGGAACUAAAGCAUAAGAGCUGCUUUUCCUCAGUGUUGGGAGGAAGUGGCAGCUGGUCCAGAUCUUUCAAUGUGAUUGCCUUUGCUCAUCUGAACUGCUGUUAUACGUAGGGAAGGUCUGUGUUUUUCAGAUUACGAGCUGGUCGUCUUUCAGAGUGUCCGGAAGACUGAAGCGGAGUGCAUGCCAUGUACAACCUGAGCGGAUGCGUUUCACUUCCUUCCUCAAAUGACUUUUACAAUUUGCCUUGUUAAAAUUUUUAUGAGCUUGCUGAGUUUUUGCCGCUACUUGUGGAGUCGGUGCUGCUUUGGCGUCAAGGAUGAAGGUUGAGAUGGAGAUUUGUUCCACUCGCUUUGGUGGGACUCGAUUGCUGCAGUAUCGUCGAGACAGAGUGGGUUUGUCAUACAAAGAAAAUGAAGUGUGGCGGACCUUGAGAUUGGUUGGAACUUGUAAUACAAAGAAGUUGGGGUGUUGGACCUUGAGAUUGAAGGCUCUGGAGUCUGCGCUGAGUUUUUGGGAAGAACAUUGAGGGUGUUUGAUCAUGAAGCAUGCUGGGUGUUGUGGGAUAAUUUGGCUUUUCAGUUUUGACAGUCCGCAUUCCCAGGCAAACAUAAUUGGAGUCAUCGAACACAUCACACACUUUGUUGGGAGUUUUACGACUCUUCACACGGAAUUGGAAAUACGUGCUUUGUACUAACACUACAACGAAGCAACAUACACCUGAGUGUCGGAGCUUUCUGAUUGCUAAUUGAUUACUUGGUAGUUGAUAUGGGCUUGCUGCAGUGAGAAUUUGCUGCUCCCGUCUUUUGUGAACCAAGCUAUGUUCUUCUGUCAAACAAAACGAACUGAUCAAAGGUAUGAAAAACCGGCUGCCUGUUUUUUGUCGCUUCCAUAUGGAAGCUGGAGCUCUUGGAUGCUGCUGCAUACGAUUGGCUCGUCCCUCAUUACAUGUGGGCCAGAGCGUAUGGAGCUAAUGGAUUGACUGGAACUCUAGGCUAAGCUGAAACAGUAAAGGCGACGAGUUCAUCCUAACAGAGACUAUAAAAUGAAGGGCAGCAAAGAGCCUGAAAAACGGACAUUUUGUAGGCUCUGGGUACAAAGCCUCUUGUCGGAGUCCAAAAUCUGCUCUGCCUGAGUUGGAAUUGCUUGGAGAAAAGGUUUCAGACGUGUAAAACUUGGCUAAGUGGAAGAUUAAAAUCUGAAGUUUUAUGUUAAGCCGGGUAUCAAAGUGCAUUGCAAUGUCGCUUUAUGAUGGAAGUGGGAGGGUGGUGGUGGAAAAUGUACAUCCUUUUCAUAGGUCAACGAGGCUUCUAUCCGAGU